ACAGAGGCAGAGAGAAUGAGAAUUGGAAGACGUGAAAGAAUAAGCGAAUCUGACAUAAAAGACUAGGGGAAGAAAGGAGUUUAGAUUGAAAGAUGAAUAGAAAGAGAGGUGAAAGUGGGAGGGAGCUUGGGGAGGUAAAUAAAACAGUAAGUAAAAUGGAAAGGAAAUCAGAAGAGUUCUUACCCCGUGAGAAAAGGAGGAGGAGAGCGUGCUGUGCUGGGAGGUACUUGGAAGAGCUUUUGUGACUCCUCCCCUGGAAAAGCUCGGCUCCCGGCCAUCCAGAAGCAAAGUCAGUCCAACUGACUCCUACUAGUUUUGAGACUGGUUCACUCAGAGGAUUCGAGUUACAAAAGCAGGAUCAGAAGCAAAGGUUUUAACCUCAUGCCCGCCUGUGAUCCGCUAUCGUGAUCAUUUAAAAAAUUCCUGGAACUAUUUACGCACCCACUCCCUUUUUGACUCUUCAGAUCCAGAGAAAGAGAUUGGAAACUCUCAUCCUAAAAUGCCUGCAUUCAAAGUGCUUCCUAAAGCCGAGGCAAAGAAUAUCAUUUUGAGAGACAGUUCAUCUGGUUUUGGAGUCUCAGAGAUGUCCAAAUAAAAAAUCAGUAAUGUAAACAUCAUUGGAAUGAUGCUGUUGGAAGAGCAAGGGUCCUGGUUUUAUUGCACUGCUGAAAUUUGAGUUGCAAGAGUUAACUGGACCUAGAGCUACAUUGAUUUGCCUUGAAGAAAGUUUACAACUUGAGGAAUGUUACACAAGCUCCAUGUGUACAGUCUUUAAAAAAUACUUGAAUCAAAGCAAUGGCAACUGAUCCCCCUCCACUCAAGAAUUCCUUCCCUGAAAAUGGGACUGUGUCACUUCAUUACAACUAUGUUGGAAAAUUGGAAGAGAGAUUAAAGGACACUGAAGGCAAUGAGCUGACAGAUGCAAUUUUCCUAGUCAUCUGCAGCUUCAUUGUACUGGAGAACUUGAUGGUUUUGAUCGCCAUUUGGAAAAACCACAAAUUUCACAACCGCAUGUACUUUUUCAUCGGUAACCUUGCUCUUUGUGACUUGUUGGCUGGUAUAGCUUAUAAAGUGAACAUCCUGAUGUCUGGGAAGAAAACCUUGAGCCUGUCAUUAACUGUCUGGUUUCUGAGAGAAGGCAGUAUGUUUAUAGCACUCAGUGCUUCCACUUGUAGUUUAUUGGCAAUAGCCAUCGAAAGACACCUGACUAUGAUUAAAAUGAGACCUUAUGAUGCCAAUAAGAAGUAUCGGGUAUUUCUCCUCAUUGGAAUGUGCUGGCUUAUUUCCUUUUCCCUGGGGGCAUUACCCAUCCUGGGGUGGAACUGCCUUGACAACCUCCCUGAUUGUUCUACAAUUUUGCCUCUUUAUUCCAAAAAAUAUAUUGCAUUUUGCAUCAGUAUCUUUAUAACCAUUCUUGUGACAAUUGUAAUUCUUUAUGCACGCAUUUACAUCUUGGUGAAGUCCAGCAGCCGUAAGGUCACCAAUCACAACAACCCUGAACGGUCCAUGGCGCUGCUUAGGACAGUGGUGAUCGUAGUGAGCAUUUUUAUUGCCUGUUGGUCUCCCCUAUUUAUCCUCUUUCUUAUCGAUGUUGCCUGCAAAGUUAAAGAGUGUGCUAUUCUUUAUAAGGCGCCAUGGUUCGUUGCCUUAGCUGUUCUAAACUCUGCCAUGAAUCCUAUUAUCUACACCCUGGCCAGCAAAGAAAUGCGGCGAGCUUUCUUUCGCCUUGUUUGUAACUGCUUGGUGAAGAACAAAGUGACUCGGUCUUUGCCCACCCAACCAGUUCUGGAUCAAAGCCGGAGUAAAUCAUGCAGCAGUAACAAUGUUAACAACAUACCAAAGCCAAGGGAAGACUUCCCACAAAUCAAUGCCUCUUCAAGCAUCAUCGAAAAGACUGAAUCUCUAUACAAUGGGAUUUUUUGCCAGUGAAGCACCUGCUUUGAGAAAAGAACAAAGAGAAAGGCUUUCCAAUUUCU